GAGCAACCAAUCACUAGAGCUGUAGAAAUAAGCUUUGGUUGCUAGGUGUGGUUUCCUGAUGGGUUUAUAAAAAUUGCAAGCCUACAGCGUCAUUCUUCCAGUUUGUAGUUUUCCAGACCAGAAAAUAGUAUUUUGGAGUUUUGAAGAACAAAAGAAACUUGAAUCAACAUGGCUUUUGUAUCAGAAUUUUUGAAGCAAGCAUGGUUUAUUGAUAAUGAUGAACAGCAAUGCAUUAAAAAUUCUAAAGGGGGCUCAGCAGUUCAUACUUACCCCAGCUUUAAUCCCACAGCUGAUGUUGAAGCACUGGACAAAGCCAUACAUGCAAAAGGAGUUGAUGAAGCAACCAUCAUUAACAUUGUAACCAAAAGAACCAAUGCCCAACGCCAGCAGAUCAAAGCCGCCUACAAGCAAGCAAAGGGAAAGCCUCUGGAAGAUGCUCUGAAAAAAGCCCUCAAAAGCCACCUAGAAGAUGUUGUCCUGGCUAUGUUGAAGACUCCAGCCCAGUUUGAUGCUGAAGAGCUCAGGGCUUCCAUGAAGGGGCUUGGAACUGAUGAAGACACCUUAAUUGAGAUUCUGGCAUCAAGGAACAACAGAGAAAUCAGAGAAGCCAGCAGAGCAUAUCAAGAACUAUUUAAGAGAGAUCUUGCCAAAGACAUUGUCUCAGAUACAUCUGGAGACUUCCAGAAAGCUCUGCUUGCCCUAGCAAAGGGUGACCGUGAUGAAAGUACCCACGUGAAUGAUGAGUUGGCGGAUAAUGAUGCCCGGGCCUUAUAUGAAGCUGGAGAGAGAAAAAAAGGAACUGAUGUUAAUGUUUUUACUACUAUCCUUACUACAAGAAGCCCCGCACAGCUCCGAAGAGCUUUUCAGAAAUACACCAAAUAUAGCAGCCAUGACAUGAAAAAGGUUCUGGAUCUGGAGCUGAAAGGAGAUAUUGAGAACUUGUUGACAGCAAUUGUGAAAUGUGCCACAAGCAAGCCAGCUUUCUUUGCCGAAAAGCUCCAGCUGGCGAUGAAGGGUUCUGGAACACGCCACAAAACUCUGAACAGAAUCAUGGUGUCACGUUCAGAGGUUGACAUGAAUGAGAUCAAAGGUUUUUACAAGACAAUGUAUGGCAAAACCCUGAGCCAAGCCAUUUUGGAUGAAACAAAAGGUGAUUAUGAAGCCAUUCUGGUGGCUCUGUGUGGUGAUGACUGAUGACAACUGAACUCCAUAUCCUUCUGAUGUAUUCCAGCUAGUCUUUUUGAGGAUAUAAUUCUUUUUAGCUCCAGCUGUUACAUAUAUAUGUAUAAUAAAGGCUUGAAACAGAGAGAAAUCUCUAAGUGCAACUAUUCUCCAGUCUUGAUCUCUGGAAAAACUGUAGCCUGGAAAAAUACAUUUUGAUAAUAAUAGCAUCAUUUGCUUUUUAUAUAUUUAUCCAAAGCCAAACAGCAGCCUUAUUUUGCUUUUGUAGGAUUAGUCCAUUUUAAAGGUACUGUGCCUGCCUGAGCAGAUCUAAAUAACAUUCACAAUAAAACAAACCUGUAAUCUACAA